GAGGACUUUCCCAGGUGUUCUGGUCUGAUGAGGGGAGCAGCUGCCCGGUGGGGGAGGGGCAUCGUCGUCACGUAGUUCGUUUUUUAUUUUUGCUCAGCGCACUUCCGCCUGGGCUUUUAUUUGAGUGGUCUGAACCGGAAGUGGGCGUGUUGUUAGUUGAAGUUUGACACGAACGAUCGGCGGCAGCGCGAGCGGCUCAGCUGUUUGAAGUUAGGCGAGUUUCCGGUCAGAACUUGGCGAGCUGCACAAGUCCCUCGUCUUAUUUGACUCAGUUCGCCCUCCUGGACCAUGUCUCUGCUGGCCGAGCUGGUCCUGCUGGUCCUGGGUCUCUAUCCCAUCCCGCACCAGUGCCGGGCUCUCGGCGACCCGCCGCCCGGGCUGCAGACCAACGGGACCGGCGUGAUGGCGGGCUGCGGGCCGUGCCAGGCGGACAUGUGCCCGGAGACCCGCGGCUGCCGUGCCGGGUUGGUGCCGGACCGGUGCGGCUGCUGCGACGAGUGCGGCAACCUGGAGGGUCAGGCCUGCGACCCCGGGGAGAGGAACGUGUACUUCGGCCUGUGCGGGACCGGACUUCGGUGCCAACUGGAUCCUCAUCCCGCGGAGGAGGAGGAUGAUGAGGAGGAGGAGGAGGAGGAAGAACAGGUGUGCGUGUGCGAGGAGCGCGAACCUGUAUGCGGAAGUGACGGAGUGACGUAUGCAAAUAUGUGUCACUUCCGGGAGGCCGCCUUCUCCACGCCGCAACUACACACCAAAGGGGCGGGGCCCUGCGAGACAGUGCCAGUCAUCAAAGUGGCUCCUCAGAGUCAAGUCAACGGAACAGGAAGUUGCCUGCUCUUCCUGUGCGAGGUCUUCGCCUUCCCGAUGGCGUCCAUCGAGUGGCGUAAGGAGGGCCGGGACGAGGUGGUCCUGCCGGGGGACGACCCCCACAUCUCUGUCCAGUCCAGGGGCGGUCCUCUGAGGUUCGAGCUCUCCAGUUGGCUGCAGAUUGAAGGGGCGGGGCCACAAGACUCGGGAACCUACCGCUGCAUCGCCCGCAACAGCUUGGGCUCCGCCUCCGCGUCCGCCGUGCUGGGCGUGCUGCGUGCAGAGGAGCUGGCGUCCUACCUGGCCGAUCACCUGGACUACGACGUCUACUGAGGUCACUUCCUGCCCAGGGUGAACUUUGACCCCCGCAGCCCGAGAUCACCUCUUUGAAAAGUCAAUAAAGGCAGCAGGAAACA